UGCCGGCUCAGUCGCUGUGCGGGAGUGGUCACUGAGGGAUGUGUGGUAUCGUAACUGAGUGUGACUGAGGAAAAAGACCCGGCGUAGUUUCUCGCGUAAUACGGUCUCGCUCUUUACCCCCCCGGACAAAAAGGAACUAGCAAUAUCAGAGAGAGAGUCUAGUCAGUUUUUCGGACCCCCUCCCGUUCGUCGCGCGAGAGACCACGGAAUACGCUGAUCGUGUAUUUAUUUAAAUAUUUAUUGUACAAAAGACUUUAACUAUAGCCGACACAAUGUCCGUGGACAAGGAGGAAUUGGUACAGCGCGCGAAGCUCGCCGAGCAGGCGGAAAGGUACGACGACAUGGCAGCCGCCAUGAAGGCGGUCACCGAGACGGGAGUAGAGUUGUCGAACGAGGAGAGGAAUCUGCUGUCGGUAGCGUACAAGAAUGUCGUUGGCGCGAGACGUAGCUCGUGGCGAGUAAUCUCCUCCAUCGAGCAGAAGACGGAGGGUUCCGAGCGCAAACAGCAGAUGGCCAAGGAAUACCGGGAAAAGGUGGAGAAGGAGCUGCGCGAGAUCUGUUACGACGUGUUGGGACUCCUUGAUAAGUACCUGAUCCCCAAGGCUAGCAACGCCGAGAGCAAAGUAUUCUACCUCAAGAUGAAGGGCGACUACUAUAGGUAUCUCGCAGAAGUCGCCACAGGAGAAACAAGAAACGCUGUGGUAGACGACAGCCAGAAGGCAUACCAGGAUGCGUUCGAAAUCAGCAAGUCAAAGAUGCAGCCUACCCAUCCCAUCAGGCUAGGUCUCGCCCUCAACUUCUCCGUUUUCUAUUACGAGAUCCUCAACUCACCAGACAAGGCCUGCCAGCUGGCCAAACAGGCGUUUGACGACGCGAUCGCAGAGUUGGACACACUUAACGAAGACAGCUACAAAGAUUCCACGCUCAUCAUGCAACUUUUGCGCGACAACCUCACUCUUUGGACCAGUGACACGCAGGGUGAGCAGGACGAGCAACAGGAGGUCGGCGACAACUAACCUUCCUAAACUUAAGUCCUUUCUAACCUAAUAAGAACAUCCUAUUCUCUAUCGUCCCCCCGUCCCUUGAAGUGCUCACCCAUCCAUCCACCCGAGAUCGAUUUAUCCAUUCACCUGUCCUUUCGUCCCUCGCGUACCUCGUUUCCUUCUUCCUUCCUUCCUUUCACUCCCCCAUGACCCCUCUCUCAGCCAACACACAAAUACACGUACACAGAGACACGUACACCCCCCCCCCUACACACACACACCACCUCCUUUCUAUCUCUACCUACCUGGGCUACCUUACAUUUCUGUCCAUCUUCCUACGGCACCCUUUCUACCUCCUACAAGUCGCAAGGCCACCGUCUCUCACACCUUCAGAGUCCUCUUUUCCUUAAUCUCCUCCUCGAGAACUGCCCUCUUUCUCCCAAAUCCGACCGCACAUUGCUGCCGAUGCAACCGCUACAGCUGUUAAUCGCCCGUUUCGAACGCUGGAACGCGGAAAUCCCGCGUCGUCGACCGUUAUCCUCUCUCCGAGGACCGAACGAUUCCGCGUGUAUAUUUUCUCGAUGAAACUAACGCAACGAUGCGGGACCGAAAGCGUAAAAGUAAAGAAGAACGAAAGAAAGAAAGAAAAAAAAAAAAGAAACGUCAACGAAAGAAACUAAGAAAAGGGAAAUUCUGGGACGUUUGGCUUCUAAUCGCGUGUUGGACGCGCGUGCGACGGUCCUCGACGAUAGGAAACGAUCGAAUUCGCGCGACGUUUCGCCCCCAGUCUUUGGCACGAAAUUUACUCCGAGAAGAGCGUAUUAUCCAAUUCGUGUUUGUACGGAAGAAUAGGAAGAAGCAAAUUGUGGAUGAACAGAGGAAAGGACAGGAAGAGUAUUGUUUCGCAAACUCUGUCUCGUCGUACGACGUUGUUGAAUACCACACCGUUAGUGUCGAAUAGGUAAAGGGUUCAUAAAUUAAAGCGACUAUAUUAAAUAAACAAAACGGGAUGAUACGCAAAAAAGUAAAAUAUUACGUCGCAUGGUAUAUGUAAACGCGAGAAUAAAAAAAAAAAAAUAAAUGGAAAGCUAGUCUUUGCGGGGUGCAUAGAGACGGAAAAUUUUGAUAUCGUUGGGACGAGACACGGGAUGCGAAGAGCAACCAUUUACAACAACAACAAAAAAAAAGUGAAAAAAACGAAAAAAACACUGUCACUCCCCCCCCCCAGAUCUGCUCACUUAUUUACCAUCUAAAAUAUCGCUAAAAAUGAAAAACAUGAAAAAACCGAAACCGAGGUAUGAGAAGAAACAAAGACAAAGGGAAAAAAAGCACGCAUGAAUCUAACUACAUUAUAUCCAGUUGUCAUUAAAUUAAAUUUCACAUUGUCUAGCAAGUACGAUAUUAUUAUACGAAGGGAAGAACGCAGGAGGAGAAAGGAGAGUAAAAAUACAUUAAGUUAUUAAGUUCCAAAAGAACAUCGGUGGUGACUUACUUUUACAUUCGAUACUUUUCUUUCUUUAUUUUUGUUUUUUUUUUUUUGUUCCACAUAUUUGCACGUAUUACCGUUAUCUAAGAUGCUACCACCCGCGUGUGCGCGAGCACGAACACACACAUAAAAACAUUACACACAAUUUUACGUUCUAGGCGUGACAUGUUCCGCUUCCCUUUUCCUUCAUUACCAUUCAUUCAGCCUCUUGCACGCUGAUUCGAAAAGUAUUGUCGAUUUUCGUACGUGCAAUCGUUGCCAGAUCGCGUUCCGUUUAUCAUUUUCAUGCGUUAAUUUGCAGUGCAUCGAGGUGAGUGAAACGCCGUAUAUCUUCAAAACUAUGUUUUCUAAAUCCUACACACGCUACGACCGUCCGUUUAGCAAGUUGCAUGAAUAUCGAAGAGGAAAGGGGACACCAUUUUUCCUUUUCUUUCUAAUUUUUUUUUUAGUUUUUUUUUUUAUUUUAAUUUUUCGAGCGACCGAUCUUUGAGAAAUUCUUUAUAACCCUGCCUCUCCCGACUCUCGACUUACUCUCUCACCCUCUUGAUCACCCGCCGCUUCUCUCUCCCCCUCCCUCCCCCUCCCAGUAUAUGUUAUAUAUACAUAUAUAUAUACAGAUAUAUUAUAUACAAUAAUAUAUAUAUAUAUAUACAUCAGAUAUUUACCUAUCGCAACGGAAGAAAGCAAAAGACGAACCGAGAACAUACUGUGUAAACGCGUAUUAAAGAAAGAAAUUAUAUCGUCCCGAUGUUCUCUUUAAACAUAUAUGUAUAUAUAUGUAUGUGUAUAUAAAUAUUCAGUUUAUAAACACGAUCGAUCUCGUGGAAAUUGUCGAUAGUUCGAAUAUCAUUCGUUGUUUCCCGCAGUUCCAUCAAUUGUAUAAUCGUUUCUCCGGACUAUCUAUUCGCGUAGAAUAACGUUUUUUCGAUUCGAAUCGCGACAAAGAUACAAACAAGAAAAAAAGACCGAUACACACAAGUUUUCUCACGAGUUUUCUUUUAAUUCGAAGAAAACAUCUCGAGCCGAGAUACUUCAUUGAGUCGUCACCGCAAAAAUAUCGAAAAAAAGCUUCUUUACUGGUUUCACGAGGCGUCGGAUAUUUAACCGGCUGAACAAACGACACGUGUAAAAUGGAGGUCCGAUCGCCUCGAGCGAAACCUCGAGAUAAACGAGGGACAUUAUUAUUACCGUUGCCAUUCCGCAAAUGAGAAAUAAAGAAAAGUAAUAAUAAUGGAAUCCGACGAUAAAUAAAUAAACAAAAAAAAAAAAGUAUAUAUAUCGACGCGUCCGAAUGCAACGGAUACACUCGGUCCAGGGGCGGAUUGAUAUGUAUAUAUGUACGAACUAAUUGCUUCUAAUUAUUUGAGGGCCGCGUUAAAAAGAAAAAGUCAUUUUUACGUUUUUACAAAUAGAAAUUCUAUGGGCGAGAAAUUUCAAUCUUCUCCGAUCAAAUGAAAGAAAAAAGAAAAACAAACGAAUGAAAGAAUUCCAUUUGUUUCUAUAUGUUAAACCAGUCAACGUUUUUUUUUACGAUAUACAAAAUAAAUAAAUGAAUACGUUUUC